CAUAGAUUGUAGGAGUAUGGACCGGAAAGAAAUAGUAGUAUUUCUACUGGCUUUGGCCACAGCGAGUUCAGGCAUAGUGCCAACUCCUAAGGUCCUGGAAGGUCCAAGUAGCAAGACUACCAUAGUCGGUCCAGAUGGCAGCAAGAUCUCAGCUUUCGCACCGGGAGGUAAAAUAUUAUUGGAUGAAAAUGCUGGGCCAGUACUUCAAGGCGCCCCAGAAGUAGUUGCUAUUGCUGGAGUAGCUCAACCUAUUCCAGUAGUUGAAGAUCAAGCUGAAGAAGUUGCUCCAGUAGCUGAGAUCAAAUCUGAUGGUGAUUCAGUUGCAGUAGAGGCCAUCUCUACCCCAGUUACUGUUUCCGUGGAAAGUGCAGAAGCUGCUGAUUUAAUUAAAAGCGCUACAACUGAUAAGAGCACACAGAUCGAAGCUACCACUAUCGCUGUGCCUGUAUCUACUGUUCAAGUGUCUGAAGAAUCAAAAACUGAAUCGUUGGAAAUAUUAGAAAACGCGACUGAUUCUCCAACUGUGGAAAAACUAACUGAAAAUCCUUUUAGUGUUGUACCGUUAACUAAAGUUACUGAACCAGAAGUCGCAGAAGCUGCAGAACAUCAGCCUCUAGUGGGUUAUAUAAAUGGUGCCCCAUUCUACGUUCCUCAUUUAAAGGAACAGGAUGGGGUAUACGUCCCCGAGAACUUGUUUGAACAGGAAAUUCUCGGCUGAUAGAGAUAUGUGAUAAUUUUUUUUAUUUAUAUAGACUGACUUUGAUUUUUGAA